AUGAACUCCCUCCGUGUUGCCCGUGCGGCUCUCCGAGCUCGCCCUACAGCCAUGCGAGUCGCCAUCCAGCGGAGAGGAUACGCUGAGGCCAUUCCCGACAAGAUCAAGCUGAGCUUGGCUCUGCCUCACCAGUCCAUCUACAAGUCCCAGGACGUCGUCCAGGUCAACAUCCCCGCGGAGUCCGGUGAGAUGGGUGUCCUCGCCAACCACGUCCCUUCGAUUGAGCAGCUCAAGCCCGGCCUGGUCGAGGUUGUCGAGGAGAACGGCCCCGCCAAGCAGUUCUUCCUGUCUGGUGGCUUUGCUACCGUUCAGCCCAACUCCGUCCUGAGCAUCAACUCCCCCGAGGCCUACCCCCUGGAGGACUUCAGCGCCGAGGCCAUCCGCAACGGCAUUGCCGAGGCCCAGAAGGUUGCCAACGGCAAUGGAAGCGAGCAGGACAUUGCUGAGGCCAAGAUUGAGCUGGAGGUGCGUAUAAGACUUUGGCAAGCUCGCGGACAAGCAGUCAUUAACAUUCUGUCCACAGAUUCUCGAGACCCUCGCCUCCCUUGUCAAAUAAACGAAUGUAGAAAUAUAAACCGCUGUACAACUCUUCUACUUGUCUUAGCGCAGAGCCAAAACAAUUGA